UUGUACUCAUCGAACGAGAAGUGGUAUAAAAAUGCCGCGAACAUUGAUGCUGACCAACAGAGUUCAAUAACAGCUACUGCUGCGAUCAACAAACAGAACAAUUGCUAAGCGCGGAUCAAAAGGGAGCAAAGCAGUGCAGAACAAUUGUUGUUGGUCAUUGAUGCUUUGGUGCCUUAACUUCACGCUUAUUUUACUACGAAGAGCUGUUGACAGUGGAAAGCUUUUCGACUGAAUUGUUUGUGCAGACAAACGACACCACCAACAGUUGGAUUAUUGUAGCUGUUGAAUUGAAAUUAAAUAAAAUAAACUAAAACUCAACGAACCGGGCCAAUUAAACGAAAUUUAAACAGAGCAUUAAAUUAGCAGUAAAAUCGCAGCUGGAAAAUUUGCUGAGUUUUCGGCCGUUGAAAGAAGUGUUGAUUACUGAUCAAUUUUACAGUUUUUUUAUUAAAAUUUUUGGGCCUUUGGUGUAAUGGCUGCUAGUACUAGCAAAGUUUUGGAGUUGCUGCUGCUGUUAUUGCCACUGCUAGUUUGUACUAAUAAGUGCGUUUCAGCAGCGAUUUUAGCGCCCAUGCGUGACGUGGCGCCCAACGAAGACAUCGGCAGCAAUGUACUCGCAAAUCUCGAAUUGGAGGCCUAUUAUGAGCGACAACAGCAGCGCGAUAUGAGUCAAACCUUCAACAUGGACGAGGAACUCGAGGACGAAAGUGAAGAUGAUGAAUUCUGUGUGUGGCAUAAAUGUGAUAACGAUCUGCGCGAGCCACGUGGCUUCAAGAAAUACUUUGACUUCUCAUUCCUGAAGAAAUUCAUGAGCCACUUAAAUCCCUUUGGCAUGUCGCGCAUGAACAUGAACUUCUAUCUUUUCAAACAGGACUUUCCCGAUUGUGGGCGCGAGCUGCGCAUAAACGAUAAGCGCGAAGAUAUACUGGGUGCAGGUUUUAAUCCCAGACACCAAACACGCAUCAUCAUUCACGGCUGGAUGAGUCAAUCUCGCGGCUCCUUCAAUCGCGACGUUAAAAAUGCCUACCUCAAACGCGGCGACUACAACGUAAUUGUCGUCGAUUGGAGUGCCAGCGCUACCAAUGUCAAUUACUUUGCGGUCGUCAAAAUGAUUGAAGGCUUUGGCGCACAAGUGGCACGCUUCACACAACACCUCAAGCGCACCGUUAACGCCGAUUAUGAUGAUAUGUACUUGAUUGGUCACUCGCUUGGCGCGCAAAUCGCUGGUGCUGCGGGCAAGCUCAUUAAACCGGCGCGUUACAACACCAUCUUCGCAUUAGAUCCGGCUGGUCCAAAAUUCCGUCAUCGCAGUGCCGAAUUUCGCAUUGAUCCUUCCGAUGCCAAGUACGUCGAAUCUAUACAGACAAGCGGCAAUUUGGGUUUCCUCGAACCGACCGGUAAUGCCACCUUCUACCCGAACUAUGGAUUAUACCAGCGUAGUUGCUACUAUGUGGGCUGCUCACAUAUACGCGCCUACAAAAUGUUUGCCGAAUCCAUUAUAACCGAUGUGGGUUUCUGGGGUACGCGCUGUGAACGUCGUGAACCGGAAUGGGAGUGCAAUGAAAAGGCGCCUUCGAAUGAUUUAUAUCGCAUGGGUGGAGAGCCAGUGCAAGAGAAAAGUGGCAUAUUCUAUGUUAAAACGAAUAAAAGUGCGCCGUUUGCGUUGGGACGAAAUUGGCAAGAUGCGGAAUGAGUAUGAGAAAGUCGAAUAAAUAUAGGGAAUUUUCUAUUAGAUAGUAAACAUUAAAAAAUGUGAUAUUUUAGGUGAAUUUGAAAUUUAAUAUCACUUUUUUAUAUUCAUAUUGAA